ACAUCCACCGCUGAGAAGUCGGUACCGUUCAGUCCACGCGUCCCCUGGAAGCGUUUCAUGGAUGUGACUUAUUGCUUUGUAUUCCUCCCGCCUGAGAGCCAGAACCCUCUCUGAGUUAUUCUCCUGUCUGUUCUCUUGGCUCCUCUUCGUGGUAGCGCGCUGUCCAAAAAAAUCCUCCCCGCUGGACAGAGAUGAGCAGUCCCGAUGCGGGGUACGCCAGCGACGAUCAGACCCAGGCAAGGUGUACGAUGUCAGUCAUGAUGCCUGGAAUGGGACACUGCCAGUGGGCCGACCCCCUGAGUCCUCUUGGGGACACCAAAGUGAAGAGCGAGCCGUGCGCCUCCGGCUCCGGCGGCCAGAGCCGCGGGAAGAGCGAGCCGCGGAUCCGGCGGCCCAUGAACGCGUUCAUGGUGUGGGCGAAGGAUGAGCGCAAGAGACUGGCGCAGCAAAACCCGGACCUGCACAACGCGGAGCUGAGCAAAAUGUUGGGGAAAUCGUGGAAAGCCCUUCCUGUCACGGAGAAGCAGCCCUUUGUGGAGGAGGCCGAGCGGCUGCGGGUCCAGCACAUGCAGGAUCACCCCAACUACAAGUACCGGCCUCGGCGGCGGAAGCAGGUGAAGAGGAUUAAGAGGCUGGACUCUGGCUUUCUGGUCCACGGUGUGUCCGAUCACCAGGCCCAGGCGAUGUCCGGCGACGGCAGGGUGUGCGUGGAGAGCCUGGGCCUGGGCUACCACGAGCACGGCUUCCACCUUCCAUCGCAGCCGCUCAGCCACUACCGAGAUGCUCAGGCCCUUGGGGGCCCCUCUUAUGAGGCCUACAGCCUCCCCACACCUGACACCUCUCCCCUGGACGCCGUGGAGUCCGACUCCAUGUUCUUCCCUCCACAUUCGCAGGAGGACUGCCACAUGAUGCCUGCGUACGCUUACCACUCCCAGGCGGCAGAGUACCAGCCCCAGGACGCCCUCUCCAACCACCACGGCAACGCCAUCCUGCACCGACACCCUGCCUCAGCUCCGGAGCAGCCCCCCCAGCCCACCACUCUCCCCCCUUCCUACAUGGGGUGCCCCAACCCCCUGGCGAUGUAUUACACCCAGCACUGCAGUCCCAGCCACCCCAAGCGGCACCCUGGCGGCGGGGCGGGACAGCUCUCCCCACCUCCCGACUCCCACCCUCACCCAGCGGACAGCGUGGAGCAGAUGCACCACUCCGAGCUGCUGGCCGAGGUGGACCGCAGCGAGUUCGAGCAGUAUUUGAGCUCCUCUGCGGCGCGUGCGGACAUGACAGGCUUGCCGUACGGGCCGCACGAGGCUGGCAUGCAGGGACCUGAGAGCCUCAUAUCAUCGGUGCUGUCAGACGCCAGCACAGCUGUGUAUUACUGUAGCUACAACAACUCCUAACCUCCUGCCUGCAAGGACACAUGAUCUGACCUCAAGUCUCUGUAGCUAAAUUUGAACAAAUUCUUUUAUUUUUUUAAAUUUGUACUUCCCUGCUAGCACAGAAGGUCCAUGAGAUUUUGAAACGACGCCUAGGAGAGUGACUGUUGUACUGUAUCUGUGUAAGAAAAGAAUAUUUUGACAUGAACACUGUUUUUUUUUUUUUCUUCCACCGUUGCAGGGAUAUGAAUUCAUUUUGUGUUAAUAAAUAUUGUACAGUCACUAUUUUAAAAGGGGCACUACUGUAGUUUUCAAACCACUGCUAAUAUUUACAAUAUUAAUGAGGUAAUAACACAAACUCAGAAAUAUUUAUUUUUUCCUUUGGCUGAAUAAACAAGCUGCUCUCAGAGGAGAAACCCUGUUUGUAGCUAGAAAGGUGGCAGGGUCCGCCACAGAUGAAAUUGUCCUUUGAGGUCGGUUUGUUUAUUCAGAAAUAGUUUGUUUAUGUAGGCAUUAAAAAAAAAAAUCAGAUUAAAACUACAUAGUGCUCCUUUAUCGUUGAUGUAUAUACUGAAUUUGUUUGAGGUUUUUUGUGUUUUGUUUUGUUUUUUUUAUACUUUUUUUGCACUUUUGAGAAAUAAAUUUUUGCAAGUAGA